AGGGAUGAGAUGGAGGGGAGAGAAGGAUUCUCGGGACAAAAAGAGGGGAAGUAAGGCUAGAGUGAAAGUAGGAGGUGGUUUAGCCCCUCGGUUGGGGUGGGCGUCCGACGGUUAGCGCGUACGCCCCUGCGUAACGAGUUUCGGUCGUGGAGCGACGCGUUCGACCAAUCGGAGCCACCGUCGGUCGUCCUCGGGUACGGUGAACGGUGCUGCUUGCGCGCCGCCCCACCGACGAAAGUAGUCCUCUUUCGGAGCUGGAUUCGUGGCCUUGUUUCCGUGAACGCGAGGGACGAACGAAACGGCGCGUCCCACGUAUUUGACGCGUGCCCUGCGCGCACACUUACACGAAGAAUUCUCUCGUCCAGAUACAGACAAACACAUACCCGAACGCGUCCUCCCGUCCGCGCCUACCAACGAAGUCACGUUGCGAAUCGCGCUUGAUCCCGAACGAUCAUCAUCCUCCUCACGCGAUCGUGUUUUCUUUCUUCGAAUAAAUGUCGUGAAUGUUGUCGCUAUAGACCGGUGGCGGCAGCGUGCCCGCUCAAGUGUGCUUCGGACCUCUUUGCGGUCUCGGCUUCGUCAAACUCGCUGCUAAUUUUGGCGGCAAUUUCGAAUACGAUCAUUUAUUGGCAAUCACUUGCCCAUCGACGUCAUAAUUAGAAUAAUAAUCUUAAUGAGAACAUAAGUAGGAGCGUUUUAUCGAAAAGGAACGUGAUAGAAAAGCGUCGUGAUGUGGCGAGUGAUGGUGUAGUAGUAGUAGUAGUAGUAGUAGUAGUAGUAGUAUAGUAGUAGUGUAGUAGUAGUGUAGUGUAGUGUAGUAGUGCUGACGAAGUGUAGUGUAGCAGCGAGCAGUGAUGUGAGAAGCAAAGAAGGGACACUAGUAAACCUGCGGGCGCGUACAUAAAACUGCGUGAGUAACGAGAUAUCUCGUACGAGAGAAAAGGAAUAAUAAUGCUACCUGCCCGAGCUACCUGCAAGGAUUGCAUCGAGUAUUGCGCGUAGGAACACUUCCGAGAGUUCGGAUUGUGGAGGAUUCUUUAACGGGGAAUAAUCGUACGAUGACGAUUUUUUCGCGGUAACGACGAUAAAGGAACGCGUAUAGAAGUUGGAAUUACAAGAGAAGGAAAGUAAAUUUCCCUUGAUAUAUCGUGCGGAAGGAGGGCAGAGGGAACGUUAGAGCGGAGAAGCAGAGUGGACGACCAGCGGCGGAGGAGGUGGCGGUGGCGGUGGUGGCGGAGGAGGCGGUGGAGGCGGCGGCGGUGUCGUUUCGCAGAGCCAGAGCACGUGUUGGCCGGAGAAUUAGGUGGAGUCCCAUGUGCAAAGUGGGUGGAGGCUGCCGCAUCGCGAGGCUGCCUUCCGCGCGUUAUAUCGCAGGGAGCGCGCUGACAGAGAACCAAGUGCUUCUGCUUGCUGUCGUUAUCACGAUAACAACUCCCAUCGCGGGAGAAUGCUGAAAGAUGAAAUCCUAGCAUAAAAAUCUAGUUGCCACUAAAUUGAUAUUAACGUUAAUACCAAUUUAUUUGCAAGAAAUAGAAAAUAAGUAUCUCCAUCAUGAAGCGUAGUGUUGAUGGAAGAAAUAUUACUCAAGAAGAGAUUGACGACCAUGAUCCUUUACAAACGCAAGCUUCUCAACAACAAGACGAAGCUGAACAGCAACAAUUAGAUCAACAACAACAAACGGCUCAACCACAAAUUAGAUUUUUAAGUACCAAUAUGUUACAACAACUGCAGCAACAACAGCAAGAUGUUCAGCAGCAAACGCAGCAGCAACAACAGCAACCGCAAGUUAUUACUUUACAACAACUGCAAAAUUUUGUGCCUUUACAAGCCCAGCAAGCUCAACAUGAUCAACAAAGGACACAAGCGAUUUCUGUACAAUCUUUGCCCCAACAGUUUUUACAGGGUGCUCAAAUACUUGGUACUCAAGCUCAAGCAGCACUUCAGCAACAGCAACAGCAAGCUCAACAUCAGGCGCAACAGCAAACGCCACAGCCACCACAACAGCAACAACAGCAACUUAGUUAUAAUGUUAUACCGCAGAUGCAGACUGUAAAUAUCGAUGGGCAAGAAGCUUUGUUUAUUCCAUGUUCUGCAAUGUCAGGUGCUGGUGCUCAUCAUCAAACACAGCCUACAAUGCAAUUUGCUACUGCUAACGGACAGCAAGUGCAACUUGCCAGUCAACAAGUGCAAUUGGCCAAUGGCCAGACUAUUAUAACUCCGCAACCUGUCAGUCUCAUAAGAGCACCUGGGGUAUUUCCUACCUCUAUCAUUCAAAAUAUUGCUGGGCAGACCGUUCAAUUGCCUACAGGACAAAGCGUGCAAGUAAGGCCAUUACAAUUUCCUAUGCAACAUGUCCAGCAAACUGUACCUGUUCAAGUUCCAGUCACUGCCAGUAAUGGACAAACUGUUUAUCAAACUGUGCACUUUCCUGUUCAAGCUUUGUUAAGUGUCUUUAAUAUGCCAGCUACGCAAAUGAUACCACAGAUUACCCAACAAAUUCCUCAAGUGGCUCAAAUUAUUACACCCAAUGGACAAAUUCAACAAGUUCAAAUUGCAAAUUUACCGCAACUUCAAAGCUUACAAAGUCAGCAGGUAACACAAAUGGCUCAACAAGUUGCUCAACAGCAAGCACAACAACAGGUUGUACAACAGCAAGCGGCACAACAGCAAGUCGUACAAUCGGUACAACAGCAACAACAAGCUGUACAAGCGCAAGUUCAGCAGCAGCAACAACAACAGCAACAGCAACAGGUACAGCAAGUUGUACAAGUAAUACAACAGCAACAACAACAGCAACAGCAACAACAACAGCAGCAGCAACAGCAGCAACAACAACAACAACAGCAAGUUCAACAGGUCCAACAAUCGUCCACACCAGCUUCUACAGUAGCAACUUGGAGUACGACUGUAACGACACCAAGCAGUGUUCAGGUACUUGGUAUUGGUUCACUUGCAAGACCUAUGCCAGCAAACAGUAGUGUAAUUACUACAAAGGAUGGACAGAAGAUUGACGUUCAGACAUUAACUGCUUUAGCAAGACCACCUGAAACAGUUGAAGGUGAUAUAAAAUUAACAAAUAUAGAUGCAAGUCAAUUGGCUAAUCAAAUUAUACAUAUUCCGACUGCACAAUCUGCGCAAACUACAGUUCAACCAAACACGAUAACAGGUGCGCAAGGUCAACAGCUUACUUUAAUACCUGCGUCUGCUCUAGCAAAUUUAACCGCUCAACCAGGAAAUAUGAUGAGAAGCGUUGGCAGCGGAAAUAUAAUGCAAUUACAACCUGCUGCCGGCAUAAAUACCACGAAUGGUUUUCUUCAGUCCAUACCUGUACAAAAUAUUCCAGGUUUAGGAAGUGUUCAAGUAAUACCUGCUAGCGCGUUACAACCUGCUACUGUGCAAACUUUACCCACUGCUGCUGCAGCACCUAUUGUUGCUGCUCCAACUGUACAACUAGACUCUAGUGAUCCAACUAAAUGGCAAAUCCUACAAACGUUGCAUCCAAAUGGAACGCUCACAACACCGACUCCGACAUCACAUCAACAUCAAAUAACAACUGCGACAAAUUCAAACGUAGAAACAGAUUCUAAUAAACAGCAUCGAAGAAGAGUGGCUUGUACAUGUCCUAAUUGCGGUGACGGUGAUAGAAAUAGGGACAUGACUCGAAAACGUCAGCACGUUUGUCACAUUGCUGGUUGUAAUAAAGUUUAUGGAAAAACAAGUCAUCUUCGGGCUCAUUUAAGAUGGCACACAGGGGAACGACCAUUUGUAUGUAGUUGGAUAUUUUGUGGAAAAAAAUUUACAAGAUCAGACGAAUUACAACGGCAUCGUAGGACGCAUACUGGAGAGAAACGAUUCCAGUGUCCUGAGUGCACGAAAAAGUUCAUGCGAUCAGAUCAUCUGACAAAGCAUAUUAAAACACACACAAAAAUUCGUAGUACGGAAGCCGCUACUUCCACCCAAGAAGGUUCAUCUGAUAGCCAAUCUUCCGCGGAAGAAAAAAUUAUAAUUGCACUUCAUAAAACAGAAACAGAACAAACGGGGAUUAUUUUAUCCGAACCAAUAGAUGAUAUAAAAAGUGAUUCGAUCAAACAUAUAACGAACGAAUAAUGUAUUAAUUUUGUUGCAUUUGAGCUUUCCUAACAGAGCUUAAAAGAAAGUCAACUAAAAACUCUUAGAUAUUGAUGAUAAUGUGUAUAUAUAAUUAUAUAUAUAAUUAUGUAU